GUCGACAGUAUACUUGUGCAUAUCGGCGGGCAUUAUCCCUCGCUGAUAACAUACUCAACAUUGCCCAGCAAUAUCACUCGCCGAUAUCCUUACCACUCAACAGCCAUCAACUCAACACAGCCAGCAAAUUAACACAACCAGCAACUUAACAGUAUCAAUGAGCAGUCGCCUCGGCUCGCCCCGCCGAUUGUUCUGCAUCGCCCGCCGUUCUCGCCAGACCUUCCAAUCGCAGAGUUCCCGUCCUUUGUUUGCUGCCCAUCGUCGUCGCUGUCGCUGUGGGGUCGGCCGGGGUCGUCUUGGCCUCGAUAUAUCCCCUCUCCGGCGCUGCCCGCCGCCGUCCCCCUUGCUUUGAUCCCAGCGCUGCAUCCAUCCGCCGUCCCGCCGAGCCGAAGCGACGCCGUCAACACUCUGCCUCCCCAUCUGUCCACUGAAUCCCUGCCAUGGUCGAAUUCCAAGGUGAUAUCGUCGCCGCCUACGAGGACGUUCGCAACGACAAGACCCCCACCAACUGGCUGCUCCUUGACUACAUCGAUGACAAGAGCGAUGUCCUCUUUGUCUCUGCCACCGGCGCCGGAGGGCUUGACGAGCUGCGAGAACAUCUGAAGCCCGAGAAGGCCUCGUUCGGCUACCUCCGAAUGACGAUUGGCAACGACGAGCUGAGCUUGCGCCAAAAGUUUGUUCUGAUUUCCUGGUGCGGUCCCCAAGUCAAGGUCAUGAGAAAGGCCAAGCUCGCCGUCCACAUCGCCGAUGUCAAGGGCAUCAUCAAGUCCUUUGCUGUCGAAAUUGCAGGAUCCACCUCCGAGGACUUGUCGGACAAGGAGGUCAAGUUGAAGGUCCAGAAAGCCAUGGGUGCCAACUAUGAUCGCCAGGCCUCGCAGUACUAGACUCAUCGAUGCCAAAUGCUGAAGUCGAUUGGCCGAAUGUGGGCGCGGAUGAGACGAGACCAACUCUCACCCUCUAUUUACGAUCCAAUUUUCAUGAACUCACCUUGCUCGAGCCACCUUGCCAUUUCGUUCGACAAUGGCGACUUUUAUCGCUCACUAUGUCUGCUCCGCCCUUGAUAUCGUCGUGUCAUCGCUUCUUGCCAGCCGCAUAAAAUACAUGGAAGUCCAGUUUGAAUCAUUGAUCGACUCUGAUUUGGCGUCGACAAGCCUUGGUCAAUUUAUCCAUGCAUCUCAGAACCGU